AUGCCGCCGCAGGAGACGACGCCGCUCCUGCCUCACCCAGCGGUCCGCAAUGACGCACUGCGGACGCGCAAGCCUCGCGUGAAGCAGGUGCUCAGCUAUGCCCUGCUCCUGCUUCUCGGCGUAGGCCUCGGCGCCGGCGCGGUGCUGGGAUGGCAGCACCGGCCUAAGAGGGAGGACAAGGGCCCAAUGGUGCCGCCGAUCUACAAGUUGCCUCCUCCGACCGGCCUCCCCCGUAAUCCUGCGUACCUCAUCGGACCAUCCCGCGCCGCCGUCGCCUCGGAGGACAAGACAUGCUCCGAUCUUGGCCUCGCGAUACUGCAGCGGAACGGGACGGCCGUCGAUGCGGCGAUCACCACCACCCUCUGCAUCGGGCUAUUGAACGCCUUCUCCUCCGGCAUCGGCGGGGGCGGCUUCGCGCUCGUCUCGAUCCCGCCCCACUCCGAGUUCAAGGACAAGGGCGUGACUGCCAUCGACUUCCGCGAGACCUCGCCCGCCGCCUCCCACGCGGAGAUGUACACCAAGACGGGGCGCGGCGCGUCCCAGGUCGGCGGGCUCGCCGUCGGUGUACCCGGCGAGCUGAGGGGUCUGGAGGAGGCGCACAAGCUGUACGGCAAGCUUGCAUGGCACGAGCUCGUCGAGCCGGUGGAGGAGCUCGCACGCAGCGGAUGGCAAGUGAGCCGUGAGCUCGCGCGGCGCCUGAGAAUCUUUGGCGCCUUCAUGCGCAAGGACCCCGUGUGGGCGGCGGUGUACGCGCCCCGCGGCGAUUUGCUCGUCGAGGGCGACUGGAUUUCUCGUCCGACGUAUGCGAAUACGCUCUCUAAGAUUGCGAAGCACGGCCCUGGCGCACUGUAUUCCGGCGAGAUCGCAGACGACAUCGUCGAGACCGUGAAGAAGGACGGGGGCAUCCUCACACACGCCGACCUCGCAGGAUACAAGGCGCACGUGUAUCCCGCGAUCAGCGGACAGUUCCGUGGCCAGACAGUGUACACGGCCGACGCGCCGGCCAGCGGCGGCGUGAUGCUCGGCAUGCUGCAGAUCAUGGACCCGCUGCUGGCGCCGCUACGCGGCGCCGCCUGCUUCGGGGAAGAGCAGAGCCACCAGCUGAUCGAGGCGAUGAAGUUUGCGUUCGGCGCGCGCUCCGAGGUCUGCGACCCGCGCUUCGCGCGCAACCUCACGCGCCUCGCCGAGUUCCGGACGCCGGCGUGGGCCGACGCCCAGCGCGCCAAGAUCACGAACACGACGCACGAGCCGGCAUACUACGGUCUCGAGACGGAGCCGAUCACGGACUCUGGCACGACACACUUGAGCGUGAUCGACCAGUGGGGCGGCGCCGCCAGCGUCACGAGCACCGUCAACCUCAUAUGGGGCUCGCACGUCAUGUGCCCCAAAACAGGCAUCAUCCUCAACGACGAGCAAGACGACUUCGCGGUCCCCGGCGCGCCGGACGCCUUCGGCUUGCCGCCCUCUCCCCACAACUACCCCGCGCCGGGCAAGCGGCCGUUGAGCAGCACGGCGCCGACGAUCGUGCAUGCGCCGGACGGGCGCGUCGUCGGCGUGCUCGGCGGCAGCGGGGGCAGCCGCAUCUUCCCCGCCGUCGCGAUGGUGCUCCUCAACCUCGCGUGCGGGGACGACAUUAGUGCCGCGAUCGAGCGCCCACGCCUGCAUGACCAAGUGCUUCCGCCCGUCACGACGCUCGAGGUCGGGCCGGAGGGCGUGAACAAGACGUGGCUCGCCGCGCUGAAGAAGCGGGGCCACAACAUCGGCCAGUUCGACAUCAACGUCGGCGCGAGCGAGGUGCAGGCUGUCGUGGUGGACAAGCGGGGCGUGUGGGCCGCAAGCGACAGCCGCAAGAACGGCGUCGCGGCCGGCUACUAG